AGGUUUUCUUUGCUUUGACUUGUGUCUACAGUGAGUAUGCCUAACUACAUGCCGGAAUCUAUCAAUAGUACCGUUGAGAGCGCUACAGUUAAGACUCAGAAGAUGGUCGAUGAUUUCAAGAAGACGGAAACUGGGAAAAAGGUCAGUCGCUCAACCAGUGCCGCUUUGGGGAGUGUCUACUCCUUCGUUGACUCCCUCCUGGGUAAAGGUGAGGAGCUAGUUGAUCGUUACCUCCCUGAGCCUCAGCCAUCUACUUCCGAGCAAGCAGCACCAUCGUCUUCAAGUCCAGUGAGCCCUUUCAACCGUGCUCUGUCCCUCGGUUCAACCGUGUGUUCUCGCCUGCGUGCUCGCGCUACUACCAAGGCGUAUGAUUUCGGUAGCAAUAUUCGUAUGUCUUUCAAGAAGGUCUAUGCUAAUGUGAUGGACUAUUUCGACGCCUACUUGAAGUCUUUCCAGACUACAAUUUCGUAUGUAAAGGAUACAUUUCCGGCGCUGCAAAUUGCCGAAGAUGAUUUUCUUGCGAUUCGCAACAAGGCUAAUGAGUGGUGGGUAGCUUUUGUUGAGCGCAUCCAGAAGGUUUUUUCUGACAAUAAAGAGGCGGCUCAGACCUCUGUGAAGAGAGGUCAAGAUACGGUCCAGCAGUACACCACUCAGGCUAAGGAGACUGCUGCUAAAUACUCUGCCCAUGCUAAAGAUGUCGCCAAUAAAUACUCUGCAGAUGUGAAGGACAGAGCUACCAAGGCUAAGGAGACUGCUGGUGUUUAUGCUGCUGAUGCUAAGGAGACCGCUAACAGGUAUGCUGCUGGUGCAAGAGAGGCUGCUGGCAAGUACGCUGCUGAUGCUAAGGAGACUGCUGACAAGUAUUAUCAUACCGCUGCCGACAAAAUGAGUGCUUCUACUAGUAAGUAAAUAUCGAAGGAUCUCGUCGUGGAGCAAAUACCAUAUUGGUGGGUUUUGCGGUACCCACCCGAUUUGUUGCGACCAUUUGUGUUGCACGGCAAACGAGUCUCAUGAGUAGAUUCGUA